AAAUACAACCUCUCAUCCUUCCACUUGUCCGUCUUUCUGGAUUUUUAACGUGUGAGGAAACAAAGCUGCAGACAUGGUGUCCCAGGGGAUUCAGAUGAUCGCUAUAAUCAUGUCUGUGAUUGGCUGGUUUUUGGUCCUAGUAGUGUGCGCUCUGCCCAUGUGGAAGGUCUCUGCUUUCAUCGGAGCCAACAUCAUCACGGCUCAGACCAUCUGGCAGGGCAUGUGGAUGAACUGUGUGCACCAGAGCACAGGCCAGAUGCAGUGCAAGGUGUACGACUCCAUGCUGGCCCUCUCCUCUGACCUGCAGGCCGCUCGAGCCAUGAUCAUCAUCUCCAUCCUCGUUGGGAUCUUUGGACUGUGUUUGUCCAUCGCUGGUGGGAAGUGCACCAACUGCAUUGAGGACGAGCGAUCCAAGUCGAAGGCUUGCAUCGUGGCUGGAGUUUUGUUCAUCAUCUCUGGGGCGCUCUGCCUCAUCCCGGUCUCCUGGUCUGCCCACACCAUCAUCAGGAACUUCUACAACCCACUACUGAUCAAUGCUCAGAGGUACGAGUUAGGAGCAGCGCUGUACAUCGGCUGGGCGGCUGCUGCUCUGCUGCUGAUGGGAGGGGGGCUCAUGUGCUGGAACUGCCCGCCCAAACAUGAACACCCACACUACAUCCCUAAAUUCUCACCUGUGAAGUCCACCUCCACAUCCAGAGAAUAUGUAUGAGACUUCAAGGACUUCCUGCAGGGACUCGAGUUCAA